AUGAAGGUCCCAGACAGGAGCAAGAGGGACGAAUGGAGCGAGGGCGGGGUGGUGAGCCUGCUCGAGGCGUACGAGGCCAAGUGGAUGCUCCGGAAUCGGGCGAAGCUCAAGUGGAGCGAUUGGGAGGACGUCGCUCGCCAGGUCUCCGAUCGCUGUGCUGGGACGAAGACCCCCAACCAGUGCAAGAACAAGGUUGAGUCGAUGAAGAAGAGGUACCGCUCAGAGUCGUCCUCCAUCCAGCCCCCCAGUUUCCGCUCAUCGUGGCAGUUCUAUUCUCGCAUGGACGGGCUGCUGAAGGGGGCGAAGGCUGAGAAUAACGAGGCCAGUGGCCGGCCAUUGCCGAAGGUGGUGGUCGAUCUGGAAAUGGAGGGGAACCUGCAGGAGAGCAAUCAGGACGAUGGGUCCAGCACGUUGCCGGAUCAUGUUCUAGCCGUCAAGGGGAAGAAUGAGAAGGAGAGCAGGGGACUGGACAAUGAGCUGAGCACCCCCAGAGGCAAGGUGGCAGGCGAUGUCGGAGAGGGGAGCAGGAGGGUUGGUAAUCCAUCGAAGAGGAGGGGCUCGGGAAACGAAGUUGCAGAGAGUAUAAUGUUCCUGGCUCAUUCGAUAUUGAAGAUUGAGCGGGGGAGGAUGGAGAUGCAGAGGCAUUCAGAGAGGAUGAGGAUAGAGGCGGAGAUUAAGCGCGGGGAGAUGGAGCUUAAAAGGACAGAAAUUGUGGCUAAGACCCAGUUGCAGAUUGCAAAGAUCUUGUCCAGGAGAACCAAAGGAAAGAACGUAAAGUGUGAGAACCCAUCAACUCAUGAAGCAUCAAUGAGAGAAGGAACGGUCAGUUGUCUGCUGCUGCGUUUUCUCUGUGGCCAUUGAUGUCUUUUUUCUUUCCAGCAACUGGCUAUUUCUGUGUUUUUCCUUAAUUUUCAGGUCAACUGGAGUACUUUCUAAGGAAUUCUUGAGCCAUGAAACCUACAUAUGUUCUGAAAUAAGACUAAUCAUACAGAAUAUUUGGCUACGUUUCAUUAUCAUCGGCUUCAAAUUCUUUGUUGCGAUUAUCUCGUUAUAUUGAGACUUCUUCCUAUAUAGAACCCAGGAAAUUAUUUCUUGCAAAAAUGUAUACUUGUAAUUAUAUAUAUAUAUAUAUAUAUAUAUUGGGAAUUGAUGGCCUAUCUUUUCUUGUGUCUUCGGCUUUGACUUCUAUCUUCUGUUACCUGACUCAUUAAUGAAAUGGGAAGCACUCUGUUAUUUUCAGGCUUGUUAACCCAGCCAUUAAGAGGCUCUUUAAUACGUUCUCACAUUCUCCCUUUAUUGAUCUUUUCAAAUACUCUCCAUAAGAUUAUCUCAUUCUAUCUUUUACUAUGUCACAAUGAUGAUGAUGAAUAUCCUACUCCUCCCUUCCAGUACGGCGAUUGGUGGCCCAUUUACAGAGGAUAAUGUCACUUCGUGAAAUCCAUUGUGGAUUGGAGAUUUAGCUAUUCCCAUUGCAAGCUUGCUGAUUUUGAUACAUAUUGUUCUCAUCUGGCAUAUGGGGCCUUCUCUCCUUUGAAAUAAACAAGAACGGAGAGAGAAAUAAGAGCCUCUGUGGAUCAGAACGACAAAUGUCAGAAAAUGGGCCUGAUCUGGGCAAGCUGGUUGGUGGAAGGGACGGGACGCACAUUCGACAGAUUUAGUGUUCUUCUCCAUGGGCAAUGUUCUUCUCCGCAUCGUAUAAAAUGGGCCUGUGAUGUCUAUUUAGUGUUGCUUGUAGUUGCCUUGCCUCUGUAAAAGAAAUGGUUAACCUAUAAAAUUCUCUCAUGUCUGCUUAUUCUCAUCGGAUCCCAUGGGAUUAGACGGAAUUUUUUUGUCCUAGAGUGAUAUCAUCCCGCUUCAUAGAAACAGAUUCAUACAUAAUCUCUUUCCAUCUGCCGUUGACUUGUGCUCAUUUAGCUGGCUUUUAGCCUGUCUUUUUGUUUUAUUUGGUACGGAACACAGAAAUGUUGGUCAGAGGGUCUCAUAAGUUACUUCUACAAUGCUCUUCAAUCCUUCAUACAGAUGCAGAAGUAUUGUCAGGUUAG